AUGUCCGAAGAAGCAGAAGAGGCGCGUGGCGGCUCGGCGGCGGCCCCGCGCUGCACCGUGUGCUUCGGCCGCUACGAUCUGGCCGCACGGUUGCCGCGGCGACUGCACUGCGGCCACACCUUCUGCCAGGCGUGCGUGAAGCGGCUGGACGCCGUCAUCAACGAGCAGGUGUGGAUCCCGUGUCCUCAGUGCCGGCAGAACACACCUCGUCCGCGCGGGGGCGCCACCGCACUGGACCUGGACUUGACCUCUUUCCUGGCACUCAAGACGCACGCCGGCUCCGCCCCUCGCAGCGGCGAGGGGGCGUCGACCGGCAAGGCGGCGGCCCGGGACGGGAAGACCACGUGGGCGUCCAAGGACGUCGGCGGCGCCGAUGCGUGGUCGCACGGCGGGCUCGCCCAACCGCGCUUUCACUGCCACGGCGACUGCUGCAAGCCUCUCUCCUAUUGGUUGUGCUGCUGCUGCCUGGGGCGAGGCUAAACAUCAAAUA